UUCCCCCACCAGUUUCAUCAAUCAAGAACAUUUUUUGUCACGAACAUACAGCCAUAGCGACGACAAUUUCCUCUCUAGACAGAAUCCUGAAGUUAUCGACCUCUAUACAUGACACAAGCUUCGUGAUUAUUUCCUCCCUUUCCUUCUCAUACAAACCGACCUUGACCGUUGAAGCAACCUCCCCUUGAUAUCGACCGGCAUCAUGGCCUCUUCAAAGAUUGCGAUUCUGUCCGUCUACGACAAGACUGGUCUUCUGGAUCUCGCCAAAGGUCUUAUAAAGAACAAUGUCCGUCUGCUAGCUUCGGGCGGAACGGCUAAAUUGAUUCGAGAAGCUGGUUUUCCCGUCGAAGAUGUCUCGGCUAUCACCAAGGCCCCUGAGAUGUUGUCGGGCAGAGUCAAAACCCUUCAUCCUGCUGUCCAUGCUGGUAUCUUGGCGCGAGAUCUUGCUUCGGACGAGAAGGAUCUUGCCGACCAGAACAUCAACAAGGUCGACUUUGUCGUUUGCAACUUAUACCCCUUCAAGGACACGGUUGCUAAGAUCAACGUCACCAUUCCUGAAGCUGUCGAGGAGAUCGACAUCGGAGGCGUCACUCUCAUCCGAGCUGCAGCAAAGAACCACACCCGAGUGACCAUCCUUAGCGACCCUGCCGACUAUCACAACUUUCUCCAGGAGCUCGAUCAGGGCGACAUCACACAAGAAACUCGUCAACAGUAUGCUCUCAAGGCUUUCGAACAUACCGCCGACUACGACGGUGCCAUCUCGGAUUUCUUCAGAAAGCAGUAUGCCGGGAAUGGCGUUCAGCAACUUUCUCUCCGAUAUGGCGCCAACCCGCAUCAGAAGCCUGCCGCUGCAUACGUUCGCAAUGGCAACCUUCCUUUCAAAGUUCUCGGUGGCUCGCCAGGCUACAUCAACCUGCUCGAUUGCUUGAAUGCUUGGCCCCUGGUGAAAGAGCUGAAGCAAGCCCUUGGUCUACCAGCAGCAGCCAGUUUCAAACACGUCUCUCCCGCAGGUGCUGCCAUCGGCGUGCCUCUGAACGAGAAAGAACGCAGAGUAUACAUGGUCGAUGACAUUGACGGUAUCCAAACCUCAAGUCUAGCCCAGGCAUAUGCUCGUGCACGAGGUGCAGAUCGCAUGUCAAGCUUCGGCGAUGUCAUUGCUCUCUCCGACAAGGUCGAUGUUCCCACGGCCAAGAUCAUCUCGCGGGAGGUUUCGGAUGGUGUGAUCGCGCCAGAAUAUGACCCCGAAGCAUUAGAGAUUUUGAAGAAAAAGAAAGGCGGCAAAUACUUGGUGCUGCAAAUGGAUGAGGCAUACGAGCCUCCCGCCCAGGAGACACGGACUGUUUAUGGCGUCCAGUUGACGCAAGGACGAAAUGAUGUCAAGAUCCUGCCUAACGAGACAUUCAGGUCGGUCAUCCGCCCAAAGAACCACCCUAAACUCUCCGACUCGGCUCUCCGAGACCUCACAGUUGCAACUAUCGCCGUCAAGUACACUCAAUCAAACUCAGUCUGCUAUGCCCUGAACGGCCAGGUGAUUGGCCUGGGUGCUGGUCAACAAAGUCGCAUCCACUGCACGCGAUUAGCCGGAGACAAGGCGGACAACUGGUGGAUGCGCUUCCACGAACGUACGCUGUCGAUACAGUGGGCCAAGGGCGUCAAGCGAGCCGAAAAGUCCAAUGCCAUCGACAUGUUAUGUUCAGGUCAAGUCCCACCUCAGAGCGAGUUCGAGCAGCAAGACUACGAGCGCAACUUUGCGGAAGGCACCGUGCCUAAACCUUUCUCACCAGAAGAGAGACGGGACUGGUUGGCCAAGUUGAGCCAAGUCGCCGUCUCUAGUGAUGCCUUUUUUCCCUUCGUCGACAAUGUGUACCGAGCCGCACGGUCUGGAGUCAAGUACAUCGCAGCGCCGCUUGGCAGCCAGAAUGACUCAGCGGUACUUGAUACAGCGGACAAUCUUGAUAUCAGCUUCAUCGACCAAUCUACUCGAUUAUUCCACCAUUAGAACACUGCUACUUUGGGUAUGAGGACCAUCAGAACUGGGAUUGGGAGUUUUGGUCAUGUGCAGGGUAUGGCUGGCUUCACCGCCUUCUCCUUUACUUAUG